CUAACUUUUACUUUAUAUUAAACUGGUCUCAAACUUAGAACAAAUAGGAAUUUUAAAUUUCAAAUCUUUAAAAAGACAAAUUAUUGUAAUUUUUUGAAGAACAAAGUAGUCCGAGUGGUGAAUCAAAGAUUUGAGUGUCUCAAAUGUCUCAGCUUCACGGUCACUAUCUCUCCCUCCCACACUCUUCUCUUCGUUCAAGAUUCCCUUCUUCACCCUCCUUACAUCUCUACCGUGCAGCUUUUUCGUCAACCAACCGGCCUCCCCUCUCUCUCUCUCUCAACUCAACUAAACCCACCGUCUCUUGUCCUCUCACCGUCGUCAGAUCUCGUUUCAGCGAACCCGGUGAGGAUUCUUUUUCAGAUAUUACGCCACAAUAUGAAUUGAGUAAGACACAAGACAAACAGAAACCACAAAAGCUAGCGAAUGGCAUAUUCUUGAUCAUACUUACCAAUCUUGCCAUAUUUAUGGCUGAACACUUCUAUCAGGUUCGCUGGAUCAAAUCUUUGUAUUUGUAUAGUGAUUUUCCGGUAUGGUAUCAGUUUGUGACCGCAGCUUUCUGUCAUGCUAACUGGAACCAUCUCUCCAGCAAUCUGUUUUUCUUGUACAUCUUUGGAAAGAUUGUUGAAGAAGAAAUAGGAUCCUUUGGUUUGUGGAUGUCCUACUUGUAUACUGGUCUUGGAGCUAAUUUGGUUUCGUGGUUAGUUUUACCGUCAAAGUCAGCUUCUGCUGGAGCCUCGGGAGCUGUUUGUGGGUUAUUUCUGAUCAGUGUCUUCCUCAAGAUGUCUCGGGAUUGGAGGAAAUUCCUUGAAGUUCUUAUAUUGGGUCAGUUCGUUUUGAAGAGGGUAUAUGAAGCAGCUCAGGGUUCAGCUGGACUAUUAGAAACUAUAUUUGGUGGCUUUACAUCAGUGAUAGUUGUUCGAACUCUCAAACCCAUUGCACAGUUCUCGGGUGCUCUUGCUGGUGUUCUCUUACUUUGGCUUCUCAGCAAAUUUCCCUCAGAACAAGUUAAAAAAAUCCUACAAAAGUGAGGUAAUUAUAGAAUGCAAAGCUGAUAAAACUAAUUCUUU